AUGACCCCGAUCACUGUUUUUGAAGAUCCUUGGCCAAAGGAUAAGGCCAAAAUUCCGCUCGAGACCGUGUCCCUGAAACACUUCGAACUCAUUGAGAUAUUUAUGAAACUUAUCCCCCACUUCCAGACAGAUGAAGAGGGCCAGAUUUUGCAAGAAGCUCUGGUAUACUCAGAAUGGCGUUACAUCAAUUACAUACGAUUCCUGCACCUGAAGGGGGUUUCAGCAUACGACUGCCCACCGCCAUGGGACGUUGCAAUGAUCUGGUACUGCCACCUACUAUCUCCAUACCAUUUCCACCGGCAUCUCUGGGACAACGAUCACAUAUCCUACGGCCUGAACCACCACCAAUUUCCAGUCACGAAACUGGUGCGACUCUAUCAGUCUGGCAAAUGGUCAGAUAUUGGGGACUACACGUCCCUGAGGAGACAAGAAUGCAAGAUGCCAUGUAUCAAAUCCUCGCAGCAUAGUCUAUCCGGACAUCGGUGCGAGUUGACGCCAUGGCAAAACGUGGAGGAUCUUGCCGAGGUCUUCAACCGUCAAGUCGCCUUUUGGAAGGCUCUGCUCAAGGCACGCAGCUCGGAUCCGGAUUUCGCCUCGCGAAAACACCUGGCGGCGUCCUUGGGGGAUUACGAACGAUUCAUCAAGCUCCAUGGAAUACCUCCGACGAUGAAAAAGGCACCUUACAAGGAUACAUGGAAGCUCGAUAUGGAUGCGCUCCCAGUACGUGGGGCUAUCAUGUCGGAGCCGAGGAAUCGUGAGUUCGUGCCUCCCAACCUGAUGGUGGAUUUUCUCUGGCAUACGCAUCGCCUCUACCCAGCCAGCUACUGGGUUUGGAGUUUCACUACGGCAGGGAGACUGAUAGACUAUGAGCCGAUGGCUUCGGCCGAGGCAGCUAAGCGGACUUUGCGAGAGACUGAUCUAGAGUGGAAGAAGAGGGACGGCAUCUGGUAUGACAAGAAACACUCUUUGCACCAAGGCGACAUGGAGGGGUAUUUCCCAGACGCGGCUAUUGUCCCACCGGGGCACCCUGCCAGAGCUAAAGUCCAAUGGACUCUAGGUGGAAUGAAUCCUGUGAAAGAGAGGAGAGUAGGAACUAGAGGGAGGUACUAUGUGUUUGAGGGGCUUGACAUACCAUUUGACGGGGGCACUUGGGACUUUGGUGGCAGCGGUGACGGAGGAGGGGGAGGAGAUGGAGGAAGUGGAGGAGGAGACGGCGGGUGUGGCGGCGAUGGGGGAGGUGGAGGCGGGGGUGGUGAUGGCGGAAGCUGA